UUUCAUGGCACUGGGGUUUUUAUCAUGGCACUGGGGUUUUUAUCAUGGCACUGGGUUUUUUUUCAUGGCACUGAGGUUUUUAUAAUGGCACUGGGGUUUUUAUCAUGGCACUGGGUUUUUUUUUUCAUGGCACUGGGUUUUUUUUUUCAUGGCACUGGGUUUUUUUUCAUGGCACUGAGGUUUUUAUCAUGGCACUGGGGUUUUUAUCAUGGCACUGGGGUUUUUAUCAUGACACUGAAGUUUUUAUCAUGGCACUGGGGUUUUUAACAUGGCACUGAGGUUUUUAUCAUGGCACUGGGGUUUUUAUCAUGGCACUGGGGUUUUUAUCAUGGCACUGAGGUUUUUAUCAUGGCACUGAGGUUUUUAUCGUGGCACUGGGGUUUUUAUCAUUGCACUGGGGUUUUUAUCAUGGCACUGGGGUUUUUAUCAUGGCACUGGGGUUUUUAUCAUGUCACUGGGGUUUUUAUCAUGGCACUGGGGUUUUUAUCAUGGCACUGGGGUUUUUAUCAUGGCACUGGGGUCUUUAUCAUGGCACUGGGUUUUUUUUCAUGGCACUGAGGUUUUUAUCAUGGCACUGGGGUUUUUAUCAUGGCACUGGGGUUUUUAUCAUGGCACUGAGGUUUUUAUCAUGGCACUGGGGUUUUUAUCAUGGCACUGGGAUUUUUAUCAUGGCACUGGGGUUUUUAUCAUGGCACUGGGGUCUUUAUCAUGGCACUGGGGUUUUUAUCGUGGCACUGGGGUUUUUAUCGUGGCACUGAGGUUUUUAUCAUGGCACUGGGGUUUUUAUCAUGGCACUGGGGUUUUUAUCAUGGCACUGGGUUUUUAUCAUGGCACUGGGGUUUUUAUCAUGGCACUGGGGUUUUUAUCAUGGCACUGAGAUUUUUAUCAUGGCACUGGGGUUUUUAUCAUGGCACUGGGUUUUUAUCAUGGCACUGGGGUUUUUAUCAUGUCACUGGGGUUUUUAUCGUGGCACUGGGGUUUUUAUCGUGGCACUGGGGUUUUUAUCGUGGCACUGGGGUUUUUAUCGUGGCACUGGGGUUUUUAUCGUGGCACUGGGGUUUUUAUCGUGGCACUGGGGUUUUUAUCAUGUCACUGGGGUUUUUAUCAUGGCACUGGGGUUUUUAUCAUGGCACUGGGGUUUUUAUCAUGGCACUGGGGUUUUUAUCAUGUCACUGGGGUUUUUAUCAUGGCACUGAGGUUUUUAUCAUGGCACUGGGGUUUUUAUCGUGGCACUGGGGUUUUUAUCGUGGCACUGGGGUUUUUAUCGUGGCACUGGGGUUUUUAUCAUGGCAACUUUCCCCCGACCACCAAGAGUGCCUGGGAAACAUCAUGUUAGAUUGCGGGAGUUGCGUGAGAAGAGUUAUCAUACCAAUCUUACGUGAAGGAGACUGCUACGCCUGGCCUGAGUGUUGGCGUUAUCGUACCGAUCACAUGUAGAGAAGAGAAUUUAGGCUUGGUUCACAGUAUUACCUGAGUGUGGGCUAUCGUAUCGAUGUUUUAGCGGACGUACAUUGAGCUUUGUGUGAGCUAUCAUACCGAUCAGAUGAAGAAAAGAGUGUUGGCUUAUUUUCAUUGUAUAACGUGUGCGGGGGCUAACCGAGGGCGGAUUGUAAACACUGUUUGACCUUACCCGUUAGGCAAAAUAUGGAAACCUUCAAUGAAACUCAUCAAUCAAUUCUCUCCGUGUGUGUUGUUUACAAGAUCCAAUUAGCUCGAUCACCUCUCAUCUGGUCUAAUGUUUCGUGUCCUUGGAAUUAUAUUUUGUUUUACCGUGCUCUAAGCAAACACUGUUUGACCUAUAAGGCCUUGCCCGUUACCAAAAUAUGGAAACCUUAAACGAAACUCAUCAAUCAGUUCUCUCCGUGUUUUUUGUUUACAAAGAUCCAAUUAACUGUCUCGAUUACCUUUCAUCUGGUCUAAUGUUUCGUCUCCUUGGAGUUAUAUUUAGUUUUACCGUGAUCAAGAGUACAAUUCAAAGGGAAAAACAAAGCAUAACGAAUUUGUUUUUUUGUGAUCUGAAAAAAAUUCAUGAAAAUAAGAUAACAGCUUAAAUAUGUUAGUAAUGGAAUAUGAACCUAUGUGAUGUUGUGUUUUAUUGUCAUUUCCAAUUAAAGCUGUAAGAAUAGGAUUUCCUCCAUUAUUUACAGUAAAAUCAUCAAUGAUAUCGAUUACGUGCUUGAUGUUGUUUGUUAUGUGUUUUACUUUCCUCUACAUCAUCUACACUGUUUUCUUGUUUUGCCAAGUUAAAAUUCUCCUAUCAGUGUUUUGAUUUAUCUUAAUUACAUCUUUAAAACCAAAACAUGGCAACCACUUCCAUUACCGCAGAUACUAUACUUGUUCCAUUUAUGCCUAUAUCAUUACGACCCAUUCGUCUUCGGUUUGGCGCCCUUCGAGACAAAUUGUACCACCACUCACUAUUUGGAUUGUAGGCAAAAUAAGCGUAGAAAAAUCGAUUCUUAUCGCAUAAUUCCCGCGGGGGAAGGCUCUUUUAAUUACAACCCGUGUUUUUCACCAUGGAUAGUAUAAUAGCUCUAAUGGCGUUUCGAUUAGAAAACAUUCCCAAAAUCUGGUUUUAAUUGUUUCUCGAUGAAAGGCGAGACGAGUUAUAAGAAAGACUAAAGUGAUAGUUAUAGAAAUUGGUUUAGCACAACUUUGAUAAAAACGCGGUGACUUUUUGGGGUGGGAAUUUAUCAUGCGGCGCAAGAAACAAUGAAUGUUUAUUGUCGGCGGAAGUCGACGAAACUGAGUCUCUUUAAUUUAAAGGCUGAAGAGGAAACGUUAUUAAAUCUUUUGUUUCGCUCCCCGUGAAUUUUGUUCUCUUAUCUAUUCGAUAUUCACUGUAAUAACGAAAUAUCUGGCGUUUCGUAGAUGGAAUUAACACAUGUGUCUUCUUCUUUCCUUUGAGAAUCAAAACAGAGCUUUUAACAUUUUGACAUCUACUCGGAUUUCAGCCUAAAUAUACUUCUUUUUUCCAUCGAAAGCGUCCUCCUAGGCGCCCGUCUCCAAGUAGUUUUGGAAUCUGCUCGUUUGCCGGUGCAGCUGUCGUGGUCUGAUUUAUUUAGGCACGUCCUUAACACCUUUUUCGCCCUUACAGAUUUAUCACCUUUUAGUCGCUUGAAUUCUUUGUGGUCCACACACCUGAGAGGAAUUUAUAGAUUACCCCAGAAAUGCCCGUGAUGUCAAACAUUAAUCGAUUUUUAAAGUUCUCAGUUCACACUGGGCAGUGCCGACUUCAGUGCAUUGGAAACCUGAAGAAAUGCGCAGAGGUUGGGGGUUAGAGAGUACGGAUUAUCGAGAUGAAAUCUCUGCCGCGAUGAUGAGCUUGCAAUGAAUAUUUUCCGGAUGUAUUUUUGUUUCGCAACGUUUGUUCCUAAGGUGUUUUGCGUUUCGGGAAAACGCACUUUGCUAAUUAGCGAUUAAUACCGUCAUACACGGCUGCUGUCGCACAAAGGCUAUUUUGGCCCUGUUGUUUGAAGUUAAGAUGAAGGAAGAAGGUGCAGCUAAGAUGGCGGAGACAACACAAGUUGAUUUUGAGGUUGUGGAUCUGGCGUGUGCAUUACUGCUUUACAAGAACAGAGAACAGUUCAUGGAAUCGGUCGCUUACGAGUGCGAGAAAGUGGAUGACACGUUUAGUAAGGCCGCUGAGAGCUGGGGGAAAUGGGGUGAGGAUUAUUUUCACUGCUUUUGGCUGAUCCAGGAGGGAAUAACCGUAUUAACUGACGGUGUCAAGGAGUGUGAGGGCGAAGAGUUUGCAAGCGAGUCUAGGGCAAGCGGUGUUUUGAGCGAGUGCAGCGAACACGAUGUGCUCGAUACCUCGAGGCCGUUAUUGCAACGCGAAGAAAGCUCGCCAAAUGGAUCGACCGUGUGGUGUGGGUCGAAACACGGAACACCGACAAGACCUGCUAAUCUGUUUCAAAACAACUCGCUGCAUUAUAAGGCUGUCUCCAAGGAGAGCGUUUCUAAGGCGGUUGUCGAGAUCGAGAUGGUCGAAAUGAAGUCGCGGGCGAAGAGAAUGUCAAGUAGCUCAUUCAGGCGGUCGGGGGGUUGCGAGUCGAUCAAUGGAGCUGAUUAUUAUGAUAGUUUUCGUGCGACUCUGUGCACCCCAGAGAAUGAUCUGACCGCCACUGAAGACGAGGAAGACCACCCCCUCGCCCCUUCCCCUGACAGUACUGCUAAGAACACCCAGGACUCCGCCUACCCGGGUCCCCAUGGGCGGAAUUUUAGGAGGAUUUCCUUGUCAAGGUAUAAAGAAGCGACAGAGAAGUUUCGAAAAGCUAAGAGAAUGAUGCGAUCUCUACCCAGGGGGGAAACAUCCCAAGUCACAUCAUUUUCUAAACAGGUUCGUCGAGCGCGCCUGUGGCUGUCAGCGGUUAUACUCUCCUAUCUUGACCGCGCAUGCGCCCACCAAGCCCAGCAACUCUGUAAGGAAUUCGUCUCCCACAUGAACGCGCUGGAAUGCGUCAAGUGGAUCUGCUCUAAGAAACUCGAGACUCCAUCGGGAAUCAAGUCGCUACUGACCAAGAAGCUAAACGGAGGUAAAUGGCGACGUUUGUUAGAAAAGUUCCACUUUGUCAACUACAUAGUUUGGCGAUACCUAAUGAUCACUGAAGGUAGACUAGGAUCAGGCCAAGAGCUCGGUAUCCCUGUGGUAAUCACGGACAAGGGAGCUGCGCACCCGAUAGAUGACUGGCGCAUGCGUGAUAAGUGUCAGACCUGCGUGGAGUUCGAGCGCAAGACGCCUUACUCAUGUGCAGUAGCCGUCAACACAAAAGAUGAAAUUCUAAUCAUAGACUCCUUGAAUGACGUCACCGUCUUUAGCUCCGACGCUAAGAUGCUGUUUACAUUCAGCGCGGCAACGCGCCGUCACAAAAACGCUCGCUGGAUGGUCGGUACUGACCAAGACGAUCGAAUAUACAUCGGGAGCUGUCUCGGGAUUGGCUCGGAGCCCUCUCGGCCCAUCUCUAUAUUCAACGCUCACGGCGACCUGAUUGACGAGCCCGAGUUGCGAGGCUACUGGGGCCAGUACCAUCUUUAUGCUGUGACCAGGAAGGCGCUCAUACUUUGCCUGGCCGUCGGCACAGCGAUUGGUAACCGCGUGUUCGUCCACGAUGCCACUGGUAAGCAUCUGACGUCAUUUCCGGUAAACGAGAUCUCGUAUCCGAAGCAUUUCACAUGCGGGGACGAGGUUGUGGUCGUGUGUGGGGCCACGUCGCUCCGUUCAGACGACAUGGCGAUCCAGACAUUCGACCACACCGGACAACAGCUUUUUUACUUUAAACCCAAGCUGGACUUCCAGCGUAUAGCCUUGGACCCUCUGUCCGGACACAUCUAUCUGGUCGGGACCCGGAUGCUCUACGACUAUCGAUAUCUACUGUGCGACACGAUCAUAUUGACCGGCGAGCUGAACAUUCUCGGAGCGGACGGACAGUUGGUGCAAUCCGGGGUCAAGUUAAGGUGGCCCUUUAGGGUCAUUGCCGGUCUGGCCGUUAUGAGGAGUGGGCUGGUUGCUAUGGUGACAGUGGAUGAACCUUAUUGCGCAAUACACAUUCUGUGACCUUGACCUAGCGACCAGUCUAUAUAAUCGUAUUACCGUAAUUCAUGGCAAUAGUGAUUAUUAGUACUCUUUGAUAAAGUGUAAGCAAGUUGCCAUUAUCCGGUCCAGGAAAUAUUUGGAUAGGGUUAGGGUUAGAUCACAGGAAACCCACACACUCCCACUCGGAAUUUCUCAGUAUUUUUACAUCGCUAUAAACUAAUAAAUCAUUUUGUGAUUUUGCAUUUUUCGUGAACCGCAAUAAAUUGUAAAUUACAGAGUUGAUUACUUUACCAAAUAUAGUACUGGCGACGUAAAUGCGCGCAGAUUAUUACGAAAAUAAAGUACCAUUUGCAACAUAAACCGUGUCUCAAUUAUUGUACGCUUAAGACCCAGCCGUGAUAUUGCGAAGAAGAAAAUCAUAGUGAAUAUUAUUUCACUAGGGCCACGUAGAGGGUAUUUCCAUGGUACUAAUUUACAUCAUCGACUAUUCAGUCAAUCAAUCUUUAAACCA